GAACCUGAAAAGUGACGCCAUUUCUGCCCAGGUUUUGUUUGUCCAGUGAAAAUAACGCAAGUGAAAAUCGCAAUUUUUCCAGUGAAAACCGUCGCAAACGGCACGAAAACCGUGCCAAAAUGACGCCGUCCGCCUUUCUCCAGUUCAUCGAGGUGGAGAACUUCAAGUCGUACCGCGGCCGGGUCACGAUCGGCCCGCUCAAGAAGUUCUCCGCCGUCAUCGGGCCGAAUGGAUCGGGAAAGUCCAACUUUAUGGACGCAAUCAGCUUUGUGAUGGGGGAGAAGACGACCAGCCUGCGAGUUCGCAAGUUGAACGAGUUGAUUCACGGGGCGUCGAUUGGGCGGCCAAUUUCGAACCGGGCCUCGGUGAUGGCCAAGUUUAUCAUUACGGAUGGGGAGGGGCAGCAGACGCAGAAAAGUUUUCAGCGGUCGGUGAUUGGGUCGUCGUCGGAGUAUCGGAUCAACGGAAGCGUCGUGGCCACGAAUACCUAUCUGCAGGAGUUGGAGCAGGUCGGGAUUAAUGUGAAGGCGAAGAACUUUUUGGUGUUUCAGGGUGCGGUGGAGAGCAUUGCCAUGAAGAACGCCAAGGAGCGAACGGCGCUGUUUGAGGAGAUUAGCGGGUCGGGAUUGCUGAAGGAGGAGUACAACAAGCUGAAGCACGAGAUGCAAAUGGCCGAGGAGGAAACGCAGUUUACAUACCAGAAGAAGAAGGGCAUUGCGGCGGAGCGGAAGGAGGCCAAGUUGGAGAAGCAGGAGGCGGAUCGGUACGCGCGGUUGAAGGAGGAGUAUGCCGAGAAGCAGGUUCAGUACCAACUUUACCGUUUGUACCACAACGAGAAGGAGAACAAGCGGCUGGGGGAAGAUUUGGUGAGCAAGCAGCAGGAGCUGGGCAUCGUGGAGAAGAAGAAGGAGGAAGCGGACGAGGUGCUGAAGGAGAAGAAGAAGGAAAUGGGCAAGAUUGCGCGAGAGUUGGCAAAGACGGAGCAGGAGAUCCGCGAGGUCGAGAGCGAAAUGAGCAAGAAGCAUCCGAUGUUUAUCAAGGCGAAGGAAAAGGUCGCACACACCCAGAAGAAGCUGGACAGUGCGAUGAAGACGCUGGAACAGGCGCGUAAAGCGGACGAGGCGCACCAGGCGGAUAUCAAGAAGUUGGAGGACGAGCUGGGUGCCAUUGAGGCUAAGCUGAAUGCGUUUGAGGAUGAAGUUGCGGGGGAGUCCAAGAAGCGUGGAAGUAACGUCCAUUUGGAGCAGAAUUUGGUCCAAGAGUACGACCGCUUGAAGCAGAAGGCCGACGCCACCUCGGGAAAGUAUCUUAUCAAGCUGGAUUCGGUGAACCGCGAACAGAAAUCCGAUCAGGAUCUGCUCGACAGCGAGACGAACCGGAAGGCGCAGGUCGAGGAAAACUACAAAAAGUACGAGUCGGAAAUGAACGAGGCGAUCAAACGCCAGGAAAAGCUGAUCGAUCACAUCAAGGCGAGCAAGGCUUCGCUGGAGGAGCAGAACCGGAUGAAGCAGGAACUCAGCCAGGACGUCGGUUCUUCGAAGGAGCGCAUCCAGGAGCUUCAGAUCGAGCUGGACGACGUGCGCGAGCAGCUGGGUGAUGCCAAGAUUGACAAGCACGAGGACGCACGCCGCAAGAAGCGCCAGGAAGUGGUCGAACUGUUCAAGCAGGAAGUCCCAGGCGUUUAUGACCGGAUGAUCAACAUGUGUCAACCGACGCACAAGAGAUACAACGUGGCCGUUACGAAAGUGCUCGGCAAAUACAUGGAGGCCAUCAUCGUGGACUCGGAAAAGACCGCUCGCCGCUGCAUCCAGAUCCUGAAGGAGAAGAUGCUGGACGUGGAGACCUUCCUCCCCUUGGACUAUCUCCAGAAGAAGCCCCUCAAGGAGCGCCUUCGAAACAUUGAAGAUCCGCGCAACGUCAAGCUGAUCUACGACGUGCUCAAGUUCAACCCGCCGCAGAUCGAGCCGGCCGUCCUGUUCGCCACGAACAACGCCCUCGUCUGUGAAACCCCGGACGACGCCAUGAAGGUGGCGUACGAGAUCGACCGCAGCCGGUACGAUGCGCUGGCGCUGGACGGAACGUUCUACCAAAAGUCCGGCAUCAUCUCCGGCGGAAGUCACGAUUUGGCGCGCAAAGCCAAACGCUGGGACGAGAAGCACAUGGCGCAGUUGAAGGCGCAGAAGGAGAAGAUCACCGAAGAGCUGAAGGAGGUCAUGAAGAAGACGCGUCGGCAGGGCGAACUGACGACGGUGGAGAGUCAGAUCCGAGGGUUGGAAAAUCGACUCAAGUACAGCCAGAACGAUUUGGAGGCGUCAAAGAAGAUCAUCAAGGACUACGACACCAAGCUGGAGAAGUUGCAGCGCGAGUUGGAUUUGAUCGGGCCGAAGGUCAGCGAGAUCGAGCGGCGCAUGCAGCAGCGAGACUUGAAGAUCCAGGAGAUCAAGGAGAGCAUGAACAACGUGGAGGACGAUGUGUACGCGGAGUUUUGCUCGCGCCUUGGAGUGGCGAACAUCCGUCAGUUUGAGGAGCGCGAGUUGGUGCUACAGCAGGAUCGUGCCAAGAAGCGGGCUGAGUACGAGCAGCAGAUCGAUCGGAUCAACAACAAUCUGGAGUUUGAGCGGUCAAAGGACACGUCGAAGAACGUGACCCGCUGGGAGCGCGCCGUCCAGGACGACGAAGACUCGCUGGAGACGUUCAAGCAGGCGGAGGCCCGCCAGCGGCAGGAAAUCGAAAAGGACAAGGAGCGCAUCGAGAAGAUGAAGGCGGAGAAGAACGUCAAAAAGGGCGCCGUCGACGGAAUGGACGACGAAACGGCCAAGGCGCGCCGUGACGUGCAGCAGCACGCGAAGGAGGUCGCCGCGAUUAACCAGCAAAUCUCCGGCAUCGAGUCCAAGAUCGAAACGAUGAAAAACAAGCGGCACAACCUGCUGAUGCAGAGCAAGAUGGACGCGAUCGAGAUUCCGAUGCGGCGCGGCAACAUGGAGGACAUCGUUCAGCAGGGCGCCGACAACCAGUCGGAGACGACACCCCUCAGCACGAUCUACGAGCGGGAGGCCCGCAUCGAAAUCGACUACAGUGCGCUCCCCAAAAAUCUGACCAACCCGUCCGAACCGGACCAGGUCAAAAAGGUCGGCGACGGUCUAGCCCGCGAACUCCAGUCCAAACUCGACACCCUGGAAAAGAUCCAAACCCCCAACCUCAAAGCCAUGCAAAAGCUCAACCAAGUGACGGAAAAGAUCCAAACCACCAACGAGGAGUUCGAAGCCGCCCGCAAAAAGGCCAAAAAGGCAAAGGCCGCCUUCGAGAAGAUCAAAAACGAACGCUGCACGCUCUUCACCAACUGCUGCAACCACAUCUCGGACGCCAUCGACGGCAUCUACAAACAGCUGGCGCGCAACGAAGCCGCCCAGGCGUACCUCGGUCCGGACAACCCCGAGGAGCCCUACCUGGACGGCAUCAACUACAACUGCGUCGCCCCCGGCAAGCGCUUCCAGCCGAUGAGCAACCUCAGCGGAGGGGAGAAAACGAUCGCCGCGCUCGCGCUCCUGUUCGCCAUUCACAGCUUCCAGCCGGCGCCGUUCUUCGUGCUGGACGAGAUCGACGCCGCGCUGGACAACACCAACAUCGGCAAGGUGGCGUCGUACAUCCGGGAAAAGUGCACCAACCUGCAGACGAUCGUGAUCUCGCUGAAGGAGGAGUUUUACUCGCACGCGGACAUUCUGAUCGGGAUCUGUCCCGAGCCGGCCGAGUGUUUGGUGUCGCAGACGCUGAUCUACGAUCUGGAGCAGUUCCAGGAGAACUAGGGAGGUGUAUGUGUGUGUGUGUGAGGACAAGUACAUUUUAUUAGAUUCUGAUUCAACAUUAAAUGUUUAUUCCAAUAAUAA